AAUACUUGCAAAAAUGGAGAUCCAACAAUUGGAGAUAUUGUGUAAACAGCUUUAUGAGGCCACUGAUUCAGUUUUGCGAUCAAACGCUGAGAAGACGUUAGUGCAAUUUGUAAGCAGUCAAGAUGCUUUACCGAAAUGUCAAAUGUUACUUGAUCGGGCCGAUUCAAGUUAUGCUCAAUUAUUGGCCGCCACCACACUUACAAAAUUAAUACAGGGUCUUAAUUUAGAACAACGCAUUGACAUAAGGAGUUAUGUACUCAAUUACUUAGCUACACGCCUAAAUCUGCAACACUUUGUUGUACAAGCGUUAGUAACUCUUUUGGCAAAAAUCACAAAAUAUGGCUGGUUUGAUGCCUACAAAAAUGAAUUAAUAUUUCAAAAUCUUUUGGAAGAUGUUAAAACAUUCUUACAGGGUUCUGUAGAACAUUGCACAGUGGGUGUCCAGAUAUUAUCACAACUGGUUUUGGAUAUGAACUCUAUAGUGGAACUUGACGCAAAUUUAACUUUUUCAAAAAAUCGCAAGAUUGCCUCAUCAUUUCGAGAUCAGCAACUUUAUGAUAUAUUUCUACUAUCUUGCUCUUUACUAGUGACAGCACGUGACAAUAGUAAAACACUUAAUUUCAUGGAUGAAUCCCAGCAAGCAUACGUCAAUCUUAUUUCGCAUGUUUUACGUUUGACAAAAAACUGCUUAAGUUUCGAUUUCAUUGGUAGCUCCACAGACGAGUCGUCUGAUGACAUGAAUAGUGUACAAAUUCCCACUUCCUGGCGUCCUGCUUUUCUAGAUCCUAACACUUUGAAACUGUUUUUUGACUUGUAUCAAAUUUUACCGAAUGGCUUAGCUAGUUAUUCUCUGUCGUGUUUAGUACAGAUGACUUCUGUGCGUCGUUCUUUAUUUAGUAAUUCAGAGCGCACAAAGUUUUUGACACAUUUAGUGGAAGGUGUUAAAAAUAUUUUGGUUAAUUUACACGGCUUAAGCGAUCCCGAUAAUUAUCAUGAAUUUUGUCGUCUAUUGGCCCGUCUUAAGUCCAAUUAUCAAUUGGGGGACCUUAUAGCCGUGCCUUGUUAUCCGGAAGCCAUAGCUCUCAUAGCUAAGUUUACCGUACAAUCUCUGCAGAUGUGGCAAUUUGCUCCUAAUAGUGUACACUAUUUAUUAACUUUGUGGCAACGUAUGGUAGCUUCAGUACCAUAUGUGAAAUCGGUUGAUCCGCACCUUCUAGGCACCUAUACACCAGAGGUAACUAAAGCGUAUAUAGAAUCACGUCUUGAUGCCGUACCGGUGAUAGUACGGGACAAUAUUGAUGACCCCUUGGACGAUUUGUGUAUGGUGCAACAACAACUUGAGCAACUGUCGGUAAUUGAACGUUGUGAAUACGAAAAGACUUGCGCAUUAUUGGUGCAACAUUUUGAUCAGAAGGCUCGUGAAUAUGAGAAUCUGUUGCAAAAUGUAAACUCCAAUCCAAUGGACGUCAGCAUUCAUGAAUUGCAAUUGACCUGGUUAGUAUAUAUUAUUGGUUCGGCAAUUGUAGGGCGGCUAACGGUCAAUUCCAACGAUGAUCAUGAUACAAUGGACGCCGAAUUAGUUAUACGUGUCUUUCAACUAAUGCGUUUAACAGACGCUCGUUUGCCUCAAGCCGGGUGUGAAAAACUUGAAUUAGCUUUACUCAGUUUUUUGGAACAAGUUCGAAAAAUGCAUAUCAGUGAACAAACAAAGGCAAAUGUCUAUAAACGACUGAAUGAAGUGUUUGGUUUAAGUGAUGAACAGAUGUUACUGAGUUUUAUAAAUCGUAAAAUCAUAACCAAUUUAAAAUUUUGGGGUCAUUCGGAACAAAUCAUAACCAAAACAUUAAUGCUAUUAUCCGAUCUAUCUGUUCACUUUAAUUCGGUGCGAAAGCUAAGCAAACUUGAAGAAGUUCAAUUUAUGUUAACACAUCACACGAGUGAGCAUUUUCCAUUUUUGGGAACAAAUUCCUCGCUGACAGAAAUGCGUUGCCGCACCAUGUUUUAUAUUUCUUUAGGACGGUUACUCAUGUUUGAUUUGGGAGAAGACGAAGAACGAUUUUAUAAUUUUCUCACACCUUUUACCAAUCAAUUUGAAUCGUUGGGCCCUGUUUUAAUGGAUGCCAACAGUUUCCCUAAUGAAGAGGCUAAAAAAGCCAUAAUUGGCUUGGCGCGCGACUUACGUGGUUUAGCGCAACCGCUUAAUGCUCGAAUACCGUUUACAAUGCUUUUCGAAUGGCUAUACUACUCGGACUAUAUGCCUAUAUUAAUACGUUCUGUGGAAUUGUGGACUCAUGAUCCUGCCGUAACAACUCCAGUACUCAAACUGUUUGCUGAAUUGCUUCAUUGCCGAACGCAGCGCUUACAAGCCCACGUUUCCAGCCCAAUGGGUAUUUUGCUAUUUCGUGAAGCCUCCAAACUCAUUUGCAUUUACGGCAACCGCAUACUCCACUUGGAUGUGCCACGCGAUCAACAAUACCCUGUGCGUUUGAAAGGAAUUUCUGUAUGCUUUACCAGACUUAAAAAUGCUUUAGGGGGAAACUAUGUAAAUUUUGGUGUUUUUAAAUUAUAUGGCGAUGACACGUUAGAUAACGUUCUGAAUAUAGCCGCUAAAAUGAUAACGUCUAUACAACAAAAUGAUUUACUGGAAUAUCCCAAACUUUCAUCGUCAUAUUACAAUUUAUUGAAUUGUCUAUCCCAAGAACAUAUAAAUUUUCUGGCUGGACUAGAACCUCGUGCAUUUGUUUACAUUCUAGAGAGUCUCUCCAAAGGCCUCUCCGCUCAUGACUCAACUAUAUAUAUAAGUUGUUGUUCCAUAUUGGAUUGUAUUGUUUCCUACAUAUUUAAAUUGCUGCAAUUGAAAAUGUCUACAUUCCCCAAUAAGAAAUUACGCAGCCUAACACCUGAGAAUGUACAAUUUUUAGAGGUUGUUAAAAUGAAUUCCGAGUUACUUCAAAAUAUGAUGUCAACUCUCUUAAAUAACGUAAUGGCUGAAGAAUGUAGAAACCAAUGGUCAAUGUCAAGGCCGCUCUUGGUUCUAAUUCUUUUAUAUGAAGAUUUUUUUAGAUCUCUUAAAGAUAAUAUAAUUCGCGCACAACCAAUGGACAAGCAACAAACUAUGGCUCAAUGGUUCGAAGAUUUAAUGUGUGGCAUUGAACGUAAUGUCUCCGGAAAGAAUAAAGAAAAAUUCACUCAAAAUUUAUCAUCCUUUCGACGUGAUGUGGUCAAUUUGCCAAAGUCGUCCAGUUAU